CUCGAUGCAGAUCCGCUUCAAACCUCGAAGUGUUUCGACCCGAGAAACAAGUUCGCUUUGUUGCUGUGUUCUGCUCCCGAGCUUUUUAUUAUUGUUAUUAUUAAAUUGUGUGUGCGCAUUCGGAUAUCCUGCAGAUCGCCCCGGCCGGAACUAAAACUGAACGUUGAGUCUGGCUCUAAGAAAAGAGGAUCAUGUACGCGAUGCCACAUACGAACGCUUUACAGCGGCAACUAGCCGACAGCAUAGUGCGGAUGGUGCCUUUGGACGACAUCCGGAUUCUCCUGGCCUGCGGGGCCAAAGUCAACGAGCCGGUGACCCAGGGGCUGCGACCCCUCCACUACGCCGUCUGGCAGCGCUACCCUGAGGCCGUCAGACUCCUCCUCAUCCGCGGCGGUGACGUCAACGCCAGGGACGAGAGCGGCUACUCCGCUCUUCAUCUCUCUGCAGAGCAUGGGUACACGGAACUGGUGGCCCUGUUGCUGGCACAAGGGGCGCAGGUAGACUACCGGGAGGACACGGACGACCCGUUCCCGCGGACGACGGUCUGCGACGAGCCCCUCCGAUUGGCCAUCCGGAACCGGCAUGCCGAUGUGGCGCGACUCCUCCUGGAGCACGGCGCCGACCCCAACAAACGAUACUUCUCCGGCUCCGAGAUCAACCUCGUCUCCCCGCUGGACCUCGAGUUCAUGAACCUCCUCCUCACCUACGGCGCUGACCCCAACACCCGCGACAGGGCCGGACUUACGCCUCUCAUGAAAGCUGCCCGUCUACCUCAAGGGAUGGACUCGGUCCUGCUGCUCAUCUCGUACGGGGCCGACGUGAACGCGAUGACGGACGCGCGGCACGACUACCGGACGGUGCUCCACUACGCCGUCCUCUCCGGAAACAACGCCAUCGUGAACCUCCUCCUCAAGCAGGGCGCCAAGCUCAACUUCACCACGGACUACGCAAAACCCACCCCCCUCGACCUCGCUAUCCUCAAGGGUGAUAUCAGCCUCGUCAAAAUGCUCCUCGUCUCCGGAGCAAACGUGAACUCCAACUCACCCAUCAUCGGAUCCCCUUUGCACGUGGUGUGCGCGGAUAGCAUCGAGAACCGACUGGAGAUUUUGCAUAUGCUGCUGGUGGCAGGGGCGGACCCGAAUUUGGUCAUCGAUAGUGAUGAGGGACCCCCGCUUCGACCCGUGCUUUCCGAAUACAUGGCCUCCAACGAGAAACCCUGUCCGCAUGUCGUCAGCCUCCUCCUCCGAUAUGGUGCCAAAGUCGUGAUGAAAACGCAGUUCCGAGACCCGCACGGGAUACUGAACUCCCUCCAGAACAUCUCGAACACCCCGGUGAUAUUCGAACUCCUCCUGGACGCCGCCGAGAGCUUCGACGUGUGCAUGAUCCGGCGUUCGGCCCACCUGUCGCCGGAGCAGAAGGAGAGGCUCCUCAAAGUUGCCACGGCUCCUCUGAGCCUCAGGCACCAGGCCAGACUCAGCAUCAGGAAACACAUGGGCAACAAACUCAUCACCCGAGUCGAAGCCCUGCCCAUCCCUACGGUCCUCCACCGGUACCUGAUCUACGACUUCUACUGAUCCCCGGCUCCCAUCUGAGGGGUACCUCAUCUUCACGUUACCUGCUUCCAAGUUUCCAUUCAUGCCUGCUCCUCCCUCCCGAGGCGUCAAAGAAAGAGUCUGUAUUCGCCAUAGACAAGUCGUUGGAGAUAAGAAAUUGAGGAUUUUCAUCCCUGGUUCGGUCAUUACUUUUAUCCUUCACAAUGGGGUCAGUCCAUACAGGAUUAUUGAAAUUGAUAGACAACACGAUAGGCAAAGCUAUGGGCAAAGGUAUAGACAAAGCUAUCGAAAGAACUAUAGACAAAUAGCUAUAGACAAAGCUAUAAGAAAUUGAGGAUUUUCAUCCCUGUUUCGGUCAUUACUUUUAUCGUUCUCAAUGGGGUCAGUCCAUGCAAGAUUAUUGAAAUUGAUAGACAACACGAUAGGCGAAGCUAUGGACAAAACUAUAGACAAAGCUAUAGAGAAGGAAAUAGGCAAAGCUACAAACAAAGCGUUCGACUAAGAAGACAAAGGGGAAAUGGAGCGAUCCUAUUGAUUGAAACGGUUGGUUGUAAUAGACUAAAAAGUAGAAAAUGAAGGACUAACGAUAGGGCCCCUUGUAGGUUGCCGUUGGUUAGUCCACUACUUGUCUCCUAUACCUAUUGUAACCAUCCGCUUCAGCAAAUAGAAGGUCAGUAAUAGCUCGGGGUCAAAAAAGGUCCUGAUGAUAUAUUUUCGCUGUCGAGACCUCUGAGAGCAUCGUGGAUUAGAAAUGUCUUCUAGCUGGUUUCAAAGAGAUUAGAAAAUUGAAAAUGUUGAUACUGAUUUCAAAUCGAACAGGCUAUCAGAAACUUUUCAGAUUUUAGUGAACUAAAGUCGCCUACUAAGUUUCGAUUUAGCUUCUCAAGAUUUAAGCUUCUUUGAGAUAUGCGUUCGCAAAGGAGUGAAACAAUAGCUCAAUAGAUCUAUUGCUUCACUCAAUAUAUUGUUUCAAACAAUAGAUCAUCUGAUCAAAGAUAAAAACAGUUGCGUUACUUUGCUGAGUAAAACCUGAUCGAACUUUCGACUUGUCGUGGCGAACUACAUCUCUGAAAAAAGCAGGUGCCGCGCGAAAGCUGAAACGGGCUUUCCACGCGAUGAAAAAGGUGAUUUAUAUGACUGUUUUAAAUUAAAGCUUGUAACCUUUUGUGAUAAAAUUUACGUUUAUAGACAUGUUCUCAUCUUAUGUUAAGGACACGACGAUGUGACAGUAUUUUUAGAAUAUUUUUAUAUAUUUUUAUUUUAGUACUCCGUUAUUAUUUUUUUCAUGAUUAUUAUUUUUUAUAAUGUUUCGUAACUUCUCGAAAAAGCACCUCAACAAAGAAUGAAGACUCAAUAAAACUUGAAAUCUAUUGCC